AUGAGUGACAACAACAGUCUUCGCCCCUACCUCAUGCCUGCCCCUCGAGAAACCCCCUCAUCGCAGCUGGUCGUGCAACGUCGACCUCUCCCUUCAUCGGCCCCUAAGCGCACUGCAGCUCAGAUGGACGAGGACGCAAACCAGGAGCGCCCUAGCACCCCACCUAGGCGUGUUCCUCGUAGAAAUGCACGAGCAAAGAACAAAGCGGCUGAGAGGUCCAGGGCCAAGCGUGUUGAGGAUGAGAAGAAUCCUCCGCCAAGCCCUCCGACCCCUUCGUCCGCCUUUCCCACUGAGUACGCAGUCGCUACGCAUUGCACGGUGGUCCCGGGGCACGGGUACAUAUACUACGCGGGAGACCGUCAUCCGCUUUUUGUGCCGAUGUCGGUUAUGCAUAUACAUCAUACCCCCGGUGUAUAUACCUCCCCGUGCCAUCAGCCACAGGCAGCGGGCAUCGUUCAGAUGCCAGGCGUGCAAAUGCCCUCUAUCGGGGCCCCUGCAAACGGAUACGGGGGAGAGCACUGGUGGACGGAGAAUGCCUGGGGUUAUCUGCCAGGGUUCGAUCUGGGAGACACCUCUCAGAUGCAUGGAAAUUUCAACUUCAACCAAGAUCUUAUCUGA